ACGAAUAGGGUUUUCUCUUGGAAUCGAUUAUAUAAAGCUGUCCUCAUCUUCCAUUACCUUACCUUGAAGCAAAGGAGACUUAAGGAGAGGCUAGGGUUCCACGUGACGUCAACUAAGGUAGUCUCUCUCCCUUUUCGAUUCGUUGAAGUUUUCUCUGCUAUAUUUGUAAGAUCGCCAAAGUGGAGGUUGUCAAGUUUGAAGUUUCUUUUAUGUCUGAACGGGCCUCUCUCUAUUUGGGAUUGAUUGGGCUUCUUGGAGAGUACUGUCCUACGUCAAGGGAAAGGAACAGACACUGCAUGCAUCUCGGGCCGUUUCGGGAUUUAACUCAUUAUCAGGGUUGCUAUUGGAUGCACCCUUCCCCAUUUGUCAGGGAUCAGUCCUGUAUCAUUGAAGGAAGUGGCCUGCUGAAUAACAAAAUUCCUGCCAUUCCAGUAUUUUUCAAUUCAAGCUUCUGCUCCCUCUAAUAUAUCUGUCAUAGCAUUUGUGUUCUGAGAAACAAAGAUGGCGCUGCAAAACAUUGGUGCUGCGAACAGUGAUGAUGCAUUCUACAGGUACAAGAUGCCAAAAAUGAUUACCAAGAUUGAAGGACGGGGAAAUGGCAUCAAGACCAAUGUUGUCAACAUGGUAGAUAUUGCGAAGGCUUUGGCAAGACCUGCUUCUUAUACCACAAAGUACUUUGGUUGCGAACUAGGAGCCCAAUCCAAAUUUGAUGAGAAAACUGGCAUUUCCCUAGUCAAUGGGGCCCAUGAUACUGCAAAACUUGCAGGGCUUCUUGAGAACUUCAUCAAGAAAUAUGUCCAAUGCUAUGGGUGUGGGAACCCUGAGACAGAGAUAGUUAUUACUAAGACUCAGAUGAUCACCCUCAAAUGUGCUGCAUGUGGUUAUGUUUCUGAUGUUGACAUGAGGGACAAACUCACAACCUUCAUAAUUAAGAACCCUCCUGAAACAAAGAAGGGAUCCAAGGAUAAGAAAGCAAUGAGGAAGGCAGAGAAAGAACGCCUCAAGGAAGGGCAAGCUGCAGAUGAGGAGCAGAAGAAGCUUAAGAAAGAGUUGAAGAAGAAGGCUCCCUCCAAGGAAGCGGCCUCCAAGGGAACCUCAACCAAGAAGAAGGGAAAUGCAUCUGAUGAGGAUCGGACUUCACCUACUCACAGCCAAGCUGAUGAGAAUGAAGCUGCCAAUGACAAUGAUGAUGAUGAUGAUGAUGAUGACAUCCAGUGGCAGACUGACACCUCUCUUGAGGCAGCCCGUCAACGUAUCCAAGAGCAGUUGAGUACAGUGACGGCUGAGAUGGUUAUGCUCACAGCCACUGAAGAGAAGCCAAAAGCAAAGAAAAUUGAAGUUGCUGGCAAGAACAGUACACCAGAAGCAGAAUCAAAAUCUGACCACAAGGGAGGUGAGAAUGGGACUGCUAUUGAGAGCACCCAGGAAAGGCUUGUGAAGGAGAUCCGAGGGAGUCUGAAGAAAGGAUGCACUGUUAGCCAGCUGCAUUCUACCUUGGGAUCCCUGUCAGGCACGCCCCAGGAGGUUAUGAAUGCUUUGUUUGAAGCUCUUUUUGAGGGUGUUGGGAAGGGAUUUGCGAAAGAAGUUGCCAAGAAGAAGAAUUACCUUACUGCUGCUGCAGCAGGUGAUGAUGGAUCACAAAUGCAUCUGCUGUGUGCACUCGUAAAUUUCUGUGGAAAGGCAAGCUCUGAAGUGGUGAAGGUGGUCGCUGUGGCUCUCAAGACACUGUAUGACAGUGAUGUGCUGGAGGAAGAAAUCAUUGUGCAGUGGUAUCAAGAAGGCUUGGCUGGAGGCAACAAGAACUCCCAGGUCUGGAAGAAUGUGAAGCCUUUCAUCGAGUGGCUCCAGAGUGCGGAGUCUGAAUCAGAGGAGGUGAUUCGUGAUAUAGCCGAGUCAAACUUGCGAAGUUACUGGAUUGGCAUCUUUUGAGUCUGUCAUUCUGUCUUUCUAGUUUGUUUGUUGUCUGUCCUUGGGUUGUUGGUGUGCAUGCUUUAAUACAGUUAGUAUCCCUACAGUCAAAUAUUUCUAAUUUUGGAACGUUUGAAUUUACUGUUUUGGGUUAGGUACUGAUAUAAGGGAUCAUGAUAUUUUAAGGUGAAUAGUUUCUGUUUUCUUCUUCUCUCUUUAGUUUUUGAAAUCUAAGGUUCUGGCAUGGACUUCUUCCUUGUUA